UAAAUAUUUGAUCAAAUUUCUCAUGGCAUAUCGUAAUAAUGUAUAGAAAAUUUAAAUACUUAUCUGACUGUGGUAAUCACUGAACACACGUAAUUACAAGAGCUCAUUCUAAUGAAAAACUGAAGAUAAAAACAGCGUUCGUAAGCUUAUUUGAAUGUGUUAAAAUAUGUGGUAAAAGUUUAGUUUUUGUAAAAACGAAGCCGGAUCUAGAUAAAAUUUGGUUAGAAACGAAGUUAUCGCAACUCCAAUCAACAAAAUUCCCUUGAAAUUGUUUAAUCAUCCCAAUGGCCAUCGACAAGGCAGAAGCCCCCACAGAAAGACCCACUUUUGAGCCCCAACCCGACGAAAAAAGCGACCUAAGCGACGAAUUCGCCUCGCCCGAAAAAUCGGACGAGGAGCCCGAAUGGCAGGACUUGCUAGGCAGUGGCAGCUUGCUGAAGAAAAUCGUGAAGGAGGGCCAGGCCAACACGCGCCCCCAGAGACUCCAGAAAUGCACAAUUAGCUACGAGUUGAGUCUGGCUGACGGGACCUUCAUUGAAAGGAAAGACAACGAGGAGAUCCAGUUGGGGGACUGCGACGUGGUGCAAGGCCUGGACGUGGCCAUCGGACUCAUGAAUGUGGGGGAGAAGUGCUCGCUGAAAAUCGAGCCAAGGCUGGCGUUCGGGGGCGUGGGGCUGCCGCCGAAAAUCCCCCCGAAUGCGACCGUGGUCUACGACAUUGAGUUGGUGGGGGUGGAGCCUGAGGACGAUCCAGAGAUGCUCUCGGUUUUGGAGAGGAAAGCGCAAGGGAACAAAAAGCGAGAAAGGGGCAACUGGUGGUACGGUCGCGGGGAGAACACCCUUGCCAUCCAGUGUUACCGCCGAGCUCUGGAUUAUCUGGACGAAGUCGAGACCGGGAUUGAUGCCCUUAACAAAACGGAGGAAAUUCCCGACUCCACUCUCCAGGAGCUGCUGGAGGACCGUAUCAGUGUUUGUAAUAACAUGGCAGCGGCUCAAAUCAAGUUGGAGUUGUACGAUGCCGCUCUUAAUUCCCUCCAAACUGUCUUGAGGUGUCAGCCAAAUAAUGUUAAAGCCUUGUUUCGUAAAGCCAAAGUGCACAAAGGGAAAAAUGAUCUGAUUGCUGCGCAAAAGUGUCUAAAGAAGGCCGAUGAAGUGUCGCCGAAUAAUUCCGAUGUUCAGAAAGAGUUGGCGCUCAUUUCCAAGCUGAUUCAGAAGCAGAAGGUGACUGAGAGGGAGUUGGCCAAGCGGAUGUUCGGCGAUAAGAAACCAGUCAAGGAGGAGAAGACCAAGGACUCCAAACACAGCAUGUUGGUGUGGAGCGCAACGUUGGCCGCCAGCUUCGCCGUGGGGUUGGCCGGCGUGGCCGCCUACCGGCUAAAGUUCGCGUAGUUUUUAUACCGGUUUUUGUUAUUUUUGGUUUAGUUUGUUUUACUUUAUAAAUUGUUGUUUGAUGUAUUAAACUUUUUAUUGAAUUCGAA